UCUGCGCAGCUCAAGUUGAAGUCUGCUGCUCGUCUUCACCACGACACCUGAGGGAAAGCCAAGCUGCAUUUUGAAAGAUAAACAAUGAGUUAUUUAAACGCGUGAACUCCGGUAGUCGCGUUUUCCACACGGUUCAACCUGCAUAAGCUUCGAUAUUACUGAACAGACACAUUGUGCAGCGAAGGUAGUGCACGGCGCACACGGGCAGAUCAUGCACUGUCAAGCCGAGUUGAGGCUCUCCUCCCCCGGGCAGCUGAAGGCUGCCAGGCGGCGCUACAAGACUUUCAUGAUUGACGAGAUUCUCUCCAAGGAGACUUGUGAUUAUUUUGAGAAACUUUCUCUUUAUUCGGUGUGCCCUUCACUCAUUGUUCGGCCGAAGCCUCUUCAUUCAUGUUCGGGCUCCUCGUCACUACGUGCCUAUCCGCUCCUCUCAGUCAUCACGCGGCAGCCUCCCAACCUGCCCCCCCACCUCCCUCAGCCGUCGUCUCCGGGCGGGGUCCCCUCGCACCUGUCCUUGCUCUCCCCGCAGCAUCCACGAGGCUCGGAGCCUUCGCCCAGCCAGACGCCACUCAGCAUCAGCAGUGAGUCGGAAACGGAGCGCAGCACGCCCCGCCUGAAGAAGCCGCGUCGCAGCCGCACCAUCUUCACCGAGCUGCAGCUGAUGGGCCUGGAGAAGAAGUUCCAGAAGCAGAAGUACCUGUCCACACCAGACAGGUUAGACCUGGCCCAGUCUCUAGGUCUCACGCAGCUUCAGGUGAAGACAUGGUACCAAAACAGGCGUAUGAAGUGGAAGAAAAUGGUGCUCAAAGGAGGUCACGAGGCCCCGACUAAGCCCAAGGGUAGACCCAAGAAGAACUCCAUUCCCACCACAGAGGAAAUAGAGGCUGAAGAGCGAAGAAUGAAGAUGGAGGAGGAGGAGAGGAUGAGGAGGGCGGCCGGGGAAGCGGCACUGGCUCAUGGAGGAGAGGCGUCUCAGCUGGAGCCUCAAGAUCUCAGUUCAGAAACUCACAAUCCAGCCAGAGUGAUGGAGGAAUCUGAGCGAGAGCUGCCGCUCCUGCUGCAGUCAGAGACUCAAGCAGACAGCUAAGUGAGAACAAAGCAACCAAAGACUAAUGACAACCUGAAAACAAAUAGUGCCUCAGGAUCACUGUAUAAAAAAAGCCUGUGUGGUGUUUAGAGCCAUUUGCUUUAGGGAUUUGACUGGAAACAUAUCUGUGGUAUCCAAUCGUUACCUAACGUAAGCCUUUUAUUUUGUAUGUACUUGAAAAUGUACCAUACAAAGAGCUAACACGCAUAGACACUGAUUGCACUGGUAAAACUUUGGCCUUUAGUCCACAGUAUAAGGAGUGUAAAUCUGUCAGAUCCAAACAGGUCAGUCAAGCCUUAAUCACAACACAGUGACAUGUGUCACAACAUCUACUCAUUGUGCUUUUCAACCGUGAAAGAUCACAAACAGCACUGAUCCUCAAACCUGCCUCAUAUGCAUGUGCCAAAAUAUCAAACUUUGCCUUACUGUAGUGUCUCUAUGUAUUUAUGUAUCAUAAGUCACUCCUCACUGCCAAAAACUAUAAUAUUAAAUGGCUACAGUGCCUUGUCGGUCUCAGAGGAAAGCUUUUAAAGUGUUGAUAAAAAUAACUAUCAAAUGCAAGUAUAUUUUUUACAGUGAUUUUUGAUUACAAGUGCUGUUUUCGGAGACAGAGUUGUAAAGUUUAGAUUGGAGUUCUUCUGUACAGCUUUAAGGCACAUGUGCAAAUGUGUUCAUUAUUUGCUCAGUAAUGCUUGCAUUUUUUUUAUCAACCUUAAAAUCAAUAUUUCUGCCAAGCCAUACACUGUAUCAUACUGUAGAAAUAUGUAUAAAGUAUAAAAUAUAUGAUCUUUCGGAUAUAUAUGUAAAACAGUAUUUUUAACUGCUGUUUUAAAUUGGAUUAAAAUAGUUUGUAUGUAUAAUGUUACAGCCGUCCCUUAUCUUUUUUCUUCCUUCUUUCAUGAGAGUCAGGGCGACUCUGCUUUCUGCCACGAGUUCCACUAAGACUCUUAAGCUGUCACAGAUUCUCAGAAGGAAUAAAUCACAGCCUGUGCCAGAGAUGCUGAACAUUUAAAAUCUCAGAUGUUUUCAGCUUGCAGGCUUUGCAUGAGUACCCCAAUCAGUAUGUUAGACCUGCGUUAACAUAACACUGUCUUCAACUGCCUGUCACUGACUUCUCUAUAAACUUCAAACUCCUCUUUCUUUCCUUGCAAAGAUUUGUAAUAUUAAAGAGUUUCACUUUUUGAAUCAUACAGAUUUAUUUUUAUUUGUUAUUGUUCCAUAUGAAAAGUGCAGUAUUUUUCUGAUGUAAAUAAUGCUCGUUUGGUAAGCUUGUUUGCUUGUUUUUUUUAGGUUUGUGUAA